CCGCUUCGUUAGCGGAGAGGAGGCUGCCAGCCCGCUUUGGCGGGCCUGUGCCCCGUGCGGUUCUCGGGGCCUCCCUGCUGAGCCUGAGGCUCACGCCCAGAGGGACACGCAGUAAGGAGCGGCCGAAGCAGCUUUGCGGUUUCGUAGUGCAGCCCUGAGCAUGAGCGCAGAAUGAAGCGGCGUCUGGAUGACCAGGAGUCACCGGUGUAUGCGGCCCAGCAGCGUCGGAUCCCUGGUAGCACAGAGGCUUUUCCUCACCAGCACCGGGUGCUCGCCCCUGCCCCUCCCGUGUAUGAAGCAGUGUCUGAGACCAUGCAGUCAGCCACGGGAAUUCAGUACUCUGUGACACCCAGUUAUCAGGUUUCAGCCGUUCCACAGAGCUCCGGCAGUCACGGGCCCACCAUAGCAGCAGUUCAUAGCAGCCAUCAUCAUCCAACAGCUGUGCAGCCCCAUGGAGGCCAGGUGGUCCAGAGUCAUGCUCAUCCAGCUCCACCAGUUGCACCAGUGCAGGGACAGCAGCAGUUUCAGAGGCUUAAGGUGGAGGAUGCACUGUCUUAUCUUGACCAAGUGAAGCUGCAGUUUGGUAGUCAGCCUCAGGUCUACAAUGAUUUCCUUGACAUCAUGAAGGAAUUUAAAUCUCAGAGCAUCGACACUCCAGGAGUGAUUCGUCGUGUGUCCCAGCUGUUCAAAGGCCACCCUGACCUGAUCAUGGGCUUCAAUACCUUCUUACCCCCUGGCUACAAGAUUGAGGUGCAAACCAAUGACAUGGUGAAUGUGACAACUCCUGGCCAGGUUCAUCAGAUCCCAACCCAUGGCAUCCAGCCCCAGCCUCAACCACCACCCCAACAUCCUUCCCAGCCUUCAGCCCAGUCAGCCCCAGCUCCUGCCCAGCCAGCUCCUCAGCCCCCACCUGCCAAAGACAGCAAGCCUUCCCAACUACAAGCACAUACUCCAGCCAGUCAGCAGACUCCCCCACUCCCACCAUACGCGUCCCCACGUUCUCCACCUGUCCAGCCUCAUACACCAGUGACAAUCUCGUUGGGAACAGCCCCGCCCUUGCAGAACAAUCAACCUGUGGAGUUUAACCAUGCUAUCAACUAUGUUAAUAAGAUCAAGAACAGGUUCCAGGGCCAACCAGACAUCUACAAAGCGUUCCUGGAGAUUUUGCACACAUAUCAGAAAGAGCAGCGAAAUGCCAAGGAAGCUGGAGGAAACUACACGCCAGCGCUGACUGAGCAGGAGGUGUAUGCCCAGGUGGCUCGUCUUUUUAAAAAUCAGGAGGAUCUGUUGUCAGAGUUUGGACAGUUCCUACCAGAUGCCAAUAGCUCUGUGCUUUUAAGCAAAACAACUGCUGAGAAGGUCGAUUCCGUGAGAAACGACCAUGGAGGCACCGUGAAGAAACCUCAACUGAACAACAAGCCACAGAGGCCCAGCCAGAACGGCUGCCAGAUCCGCAGGCACUCUGGCGCCGGAGCCACCCCUCCAGUGAAGAAGAAACCCAAGCUGCUCAGCCUCAAGGAUUCUUCUAUGGCAGAUGCCAGCAAACAUGGUGUAGGAACGGAAUCAUUAUUUUUUGAUAAGGUCCUUUCAGCCUGUGAGAAUUGUUAG